ACACCUGAAAAGCUACUGUUGGUAUUGUUUGUUUGUUUGAAUCUGGGAAGAAAUAAGGUGGAAGUAAGGCUAGAAAUUUCUAUAAAGAACAUAAUUUGCAACUGAAGGAAGAAAAAUAGCUCUUCAGUUGUUUCUGGUUAAUUGAGGAUUCUACCAGAUACACAGGAAGGAAGAAACAAGCCCCUACCUACAGCACCUUCCUCCUCCUCCUCUAUACCCCCCCACCCCCCCCAAAAAAAAUCCAGGGUGUGAAAGUUGUAGAGUUGGGGACGUGGCUUUAGGUAACGGGACAACUGGUAAAGCUGAUGGCAUUCUUCACUCAACAUGGGACAGUGUUCCAGUCCCUCUACCACAGGAGCGCCCGGCAGCGUAAUCUCCGCUUUUUUGUGAUCACCAGUGCCAUCCGCAAAUGCCUGAAGGAGGAACAGCGGGCUCCCUCACUUCUGAGGGACCCUGCCACAUUCCUCCCUUCAAGUACAUUCUCCCAUCCUAAAGAGGGGAUUUGCCUUCUGUAAUUUAAACGAUAAUAUUCCUUAGGAGUCUUAGAAUUGGCUUUCUUACUGUGACUUCGUAUAUACAACUCGACUAAAAGGCAUGCCAAAAAAAUUAAACAGCAACAAAAUAUUAGAAGCUGAAAAAGAUAAAGCUACAUAAUAGCUGGAUAUUAAACAUUACAAUAUCGCAUUUAGGACGCAAACAGCGCUGCAGUGCAAAUGGAACUUUAAAAAAUCUGCCCGCCCACGUAGACAAAGCUACUUUACAAAAGCGCACGCGUCGAUAUCAAUCGUACCCUACAACAGAGCAUGGUUUAAAGUAUCAGUGUACAUUUUUUCCUAAACACAAGUUGCAAAUAAGUUAUCUAAAAUCGAACACCGCCACGAAAGAGACCUCCAGGGUGCAAUAAAUAGGUAUAUCUCGUUGAAGUGGAGAAAUGGCAUCAUGACCCUUUGGGUUGAUGCAGAUUACAGUGCGGAGGCUGUUCUCGAGAGAGAAACUAGAACCCAACGUAAAACGCUGUAGUAGGGGAAAUCGACCAAAGACGAGAUUUUGAAAGCCUUUUGAAGGUCGUUUUUCUAGCUAAAAAGAAAAAGUGACUUAUUCAGGACUGACUCCUCCUGCCAGUCCCAGGAAACAGGAGCAGCCCGGCGCGCCCGGGAGCCCCGCAGCGCAGUGCGCACUGCGGCUCCAGAGCGAAGGGCUGGCGCCCGCCAGAUUCUAAACGGGCUCGGCUGCCGCAGCCCGCCGGGGCCGCGCGCCCUGGUCCGCGCGACUCCGCGCUCCGGGUUUCCGCGGUCACCAGCUCUGGCGGAAGAGCCCUGCCGAGAGGGGACAGCCUCGGGCGGUGUCCCGGGAGUCCCGAGAGCGCGCUCCCCCUUUGCGCAACCUUCCCGAGGCGUCCCGCCCGGGAAGCCAGUUCCUGGGUUCUGGGCUGGCUAGGUUGGCAGCGAAUGAGGCUUAGGCAUCACUGCCUGAGGCCCUCACUUAGCAUGUCGACAGCCACAGACUUGUCUGGCGGAGUUUCUCCUGGUGCCCACUUAAGUAGUCUCAAGUUUGUUCAAAGCUGGACUCCUCGACUUGGAACCAGGAGCAGCUGGAGAUUUGUCAAUUGAGAGCUCAUUUGCCACGGGAGACGCUCUUGGUGUCCCCAGCACCGAAGGGCAGGAUGGGGAAGCAGAAUAGCAAACUGGCCCCUGAAGUGAUGGAGGACCUGGUGAAGAGCACAGAGUUUAAUGAGCAUGAACUCAAGCAGUGGUACAAAGGAUUUCUAAAGGACUGUCCAAGUGGGAGGCUAAACCUCGAGGAAUUUCAGCAGCUCUAUGUGAAGUUCUUUCCUUAUGGAGACGCCUCCAAGUUUGCCCAGCAUGCCUUCCGAACCUUCGACAAGAAUGGGGACGGCACCAUUGACUUCCGAGAGUUCAUCUGCGCUCUGUCCAUCACCUCCAGGGGCAGCUUUGAGCAGAAGCUGAACUGGGCCUUCAAUAUGUAUGACCUGGAUGGUGAUGGCAAGAUCACCCGAGUGGAGAUGCUGGAGAUCAUUGAGGCUAUCUACAAAAUGGUAGGCACUGUGAUCAUGAUGAAAAUGAAUGAGGAUGGCCUGACGCCUGAGCAGCGAGUAGACAAGAUUUUCAGUAAGAUGGAUAAGAACAAAGAUGACCAGAUUACACUGGAUGAAUUCAAAGAAGCUGCAAAGAGUGACCCUUCCAUUGUAUUACUUCUGCAGUGCGACAUCCAGAAAUGAGCUGAAGUCAAUGCUAUGGACUGCACAAAAGUCUCAAUGUUCCAUUCAGUCUGCAGCUAUUCACACACACACACACACACACACACACACACACACACACACACACACAAAUAUUGCUUGGACUACCUAUAAAUGGACUUGCUUCUUGUGUUUGAAACACUCGUGUGCAUGAGAAUGUCAUUUGCUAAUGAAUUUUAAAAGCAUAUAUAAAACAAAAAAAAACAACCUGCCACAAUGUGAUAUGUGUAAUAUCAUUUCAUAAAAAUCCCUCUUCCUCCAAAGCCUGGGCAGAAAUGUGCUGCAAAGAGUUAUAUGAUUUCUUGUUCAUGUUUUGCUAAUGCUCGUAUCUCCUUGAUUACAUAAUGUUAGUAGCACUGAGACCCCCAUGGUAAUGUAACUUAAUUAUAAGCUAUGUCACUACCCUCCUGUAAAAUACUAUUGGACAGACACAGAGGGACCCUUGGCUCCUGUGUCUGGUCCACACACCACAGGAGCUUGUAUUAUCAGUGAAUAUAAAUGUACUACAUUUGCAUGCCUUUUGGGUUUGCCUUAAUUCUUACCUCAUUUGCAUCCUAUCGAUCUGGAAAGAGCUGUUUUGGAUGAAUGCAGUAUAAAAUGUAAAAACCCUGCUAAAUGACUUAUUGAUUAAGUAUAUCUAUCUAUAUAUACAUAUACACAAAGAUAUUAUUUAUCGAAAGUAAAAAAGAUGGAAGUGUAUUGGUUUCUGUUUGAAUUUUCAAAGGCUUCCAAUGUGGUGGCAAUAAAUGUCCCAAAUAAAUUUAUAACAAUUGA